GGGAGCGGCCCCCGCAGAGCCGCCGGCCCGGCCAUGUGCCGACAGGGGUGGCUGCUGCCGGCUGCCUGCUCCGCGCCCGCCGCUGCCGCCCGCCUCCUCAGCCUCCUUUCUGCCGCUUAUUUUUAAUAUUUUUUUUUAAUCGUGAUUCCAUUUUUAAGAUUUUUUUUUUUUUUAACCGUUUAUUUUGGUAUUGAUGCUCUCCGAGCGGGAGACUUCGGGAGACGCGGUCCUCACCUGAGCGAGCCGGCCCCAUUCCCCCGUGUGAAGGCUGUUAAUGGAGAAGAGGGCGGAUGACAGCCGGGACCGUGGUCAUCACAGGUGGAAUAUUAGCGACUGUCAUUUUACUCUGUAUCAUCGCCGUCCUCUGCUACUGUAGGCUCCAGUACUACUGCUGCAAGAAGGAUGAAUCCGAGGAGGACGAGGAGGAGCCCGACUUCGCCGUGCACUCGCACAUCCCUCCGCUGCACUGCAACCGCAACGUAGUGCUGACCAACGGCCCCUCCCUGUACUCCUCAUCCCCCUUCGCCAAAAAACCGACCCAGAGCCGGCCCAGCUGCCCCAGCUGCGCUCCCUACGAGCCCCCAACCUCCUUCCUUCAGGAGCCCCCAACCUCCUUCCUCCAAGAGCCCCCCACAUCCUUCCUCCAAGAGCCCCCCACAUCCUUCCUCCAAGAACCCCCCACCUCCUUCCUCCAGGAGCCCCCCACAUCCUUCCUGCAGGAGCCCCCCACCUCCUUCCUGCAGGAGCCCCCCACCUUCUUCCUCCAGGAGCCCCCCGAGGAGCUGCACAACGGGGGGGACCGGGUGAGCUACAAGACGGUGAGCCAGGAGGAUCUGGCCCUGCCGGUGUCCAACCUGCAGGCGCUCAACCCCAACCGGCUCUCGGCCAUGCGGGAGGCGUUCUCCCGCAGCCGCAGCAUCAGCACCGAUGUGUGAGCUGCCGCCCGCCCUCCCAGCCUCCUCCACAGCGGGAAGGACUGGUUGGGAUUCGUGGCGGGGGGGGUUUGAAAAGGGAAAAAACAACAACAACAAAAAAAUGAAGUGAAUGUAUUUCUACGGGCUGGUGGUAUAAAGGGGGAGCGGAGCAACCCCGAGUGAGGAGUGCGGGGGUGCAGCUGGAACGGGAGGUUUCCCAGCGCUGCGUUGCUUGCUUUUUUUCUUUUAUAAAGAGGAUUUUGAUGUUGAGCAUCCUUUCCUACGGAGGAGCUGCCCCUCCUCACCACUGGGCCGGGGGGUGAUGAGCGAAUGAUGGGGCUCAUGGGUGGCUGAAAACGGCUCGUGCUGCAGGUCAGCAGCAGCUGCUGGCGUGACCUGGGGGCCCCAGGAUACACUCGCCCACCCCAAAAUGUCCUCGAGCAAAGCAGGGCUGUCACUGCCCACCCUUCUGCCAGCCUGUGCCGUGCUGCUCCCCGCUGCAGCCAUGGGGGUGUCUGUGGGUGUGAGCGUGCACAGCCCUGCGCCGCUCCCAGCCCAUCCCACUCCUCCAGCCGGGCGUUAAUGCCCAGGUGCCAGGCACAAUCCCCUCAGGGUUAGGAUGGUGGCUGGGCCUGUCCCUGGAGCCCCCCAGAGUGGCCUCAUGGACCCCCUGAAGGAGCUGGGCUGGGGAUGUAAAACCUGUGCAUUACUCGGCGAUGGAAAUAACACACAGCACACCUUGGGAUGGAGGAAUAUCCCUCUGGAUAAUCAACAUCCCUGCUCCAAGUAAUGCCAUCCACAACUUCUGACUGAGGGCUCCGUGGCACAGGGGUCGCCGUGUGUGUGCCCACCCCUUGCAUGCACAUUUUUACACACAUUUAUUUGUUUGGGAGAGGUUUUUUAAACAAAAAUAAAAAAGACGCUUUCCCUCCCCCCAUCCAGGACAGCGUCAAAAGACUUUUAAAUUCAGUCAAAACCUCUGAUUUGCAUUUUCCAUUGAGCCAUUUCCCAUGGCCAGGCAGCCUGGCUGUGGCACCAGCUCUGUCCCACGCUGGAUCCAGCAGGGACAGCCCUGGGGGAGCAGCAGGCACAGAGCUGGUCCCCGAGCGUGUCCCUCUGCACCAGAUGUGCUGCAAAGGAGCCCUUGGGGUUGCUCAGAGAUUUAGGAGGGGAAUUGCAGCACUGAGGGGCCUCCAGCUCUGGUUUCUCCUGGCUGUCUCCAUCCCUCCCCUCCGACCUCAGCACACUCCUUGUGACAGAACACCCUGUUUCUCCUGGACUGGGCAUUAUUCAGGUUAAAAGCAUCACCUGGGGGUAGCUGCUGAGGAUGGACUGGCUGCACAGAGACUCAGAUGGGCUCAGGGCUGUGCUCCAGGGGGAAUUUCCUUUCUAAAGGUGUUCUGGGAAGAAGCAGCCGUGGCUGCAGCCCCCUGGGCUCACGGACACUGUUUGCAGCCCGGCUGGGUAUUUUACUUCGAACCACGAGGGCUUUUAAUUCCACAGGAAACCUUUUGAAGUACAAGUCAGUCUUUGCAAAUGAGUAUCUUCGACUUUCUGGGGGGGGAGGUUCUGUUUGGGGUGGGGAGGGCUGGGGUUGGUUUCGUACGUGUUUAAUAUUCCGGGCUCGGUCCCUGUGGUCCAGCACAUCCCAGAGGGAUGCAGCCACUCAGACCAUGCCCCCAUGUACAGCUCUCACUGGGGUUUGUUCCCAUGCCUUGAGCCCUUCUCUUCCCAUUUUUCGUGAUUUCUCCCACCAGCCUUCCUUUCCUCCUUUUCUUCCUUGUUUCUUUCCCUUGUAGCUUGGAAAUUCAGCAAAUGGUUGGCUUUCACUAACCCUCACCUGGUGAUCUGUUGUACAGGACUUUGGGAAUCUCAGAUUUGGGGAGGGGAAAAGUAAAAAAAGAAAAAAUAAAAAGAAAUAAAUUACUUUGA